AUGGUGCAUACAUAUGAGGUCGGCACGCGGGCGUGGCAACCAGACCCUACUGAGGGAUGGAUUGCGUCCGAGGUGACCGAAAAAGUGGUGGAUGGGGAGAAAGUGAAGCUGGUGUUUACCUUGGAGAAUGGCGAGACGAAAACCACCGAGACAACGCUGGCGGAGCUGGCCUCGGAUACGGGUGAAAAACUGCCACCGUUGAUGAAUCCGACGAUGCUAGAAGCGAGUGAGGAUUUGACGAAUUUGUCUCAUUUGAACGAGCCAGCUGUCCUCCAGGCUAUUAAGCUACGGUACUACCAGAAAGAAAUUUAUACAUAUUCCGGUAUCGUGCUUAUAGCGACCAACCCGUUCGCACGCGUUGAUUCUCUCUAUGUCCCGCAGAUGGUUCAAGUUUAUGCUGGAAAGCAGCGAGCCUCGCAAGCUCCCCAUCUUUUUGCUAUUGCGGAAGAAGCUUUUGCAGACAUGUUGAGGGAUACGCAAAACCAAACUAUCGUGGUAUCUGGAGAAUCCGGUGCCGGAAAGACCGUCAGCGCAAAGUAUAUAAUGAGAUACUUUGCCACGCGAGAAACUUCAGAUAACCCCGGCUCAUACUCUACCGGACGGGCUGACUCGAUCAGUGAAACCGAAGAGCAAAUUCUAGCCACAAACCCCGUUAUGGAAGCCUUUGGUAACGCAAAGACAACGCGAAACGAUAACUCAUCACGAUUUGGUAAAUAUAUUGAAAUCCUUUUCGAUAAUAGGACGAAUAUUAUAGGUGCAAAAAUCAGAACAUACCUUUUAGAACGGUCGAGGCUGGUCUUCCAACCCUUGAAAGAACGAAAUUAUCAUAUCUUCUAUCAACUUAUCGCCGGUGCUACCGACGCUGAGAGGCAGGAGCUGGGCCUUUUAGCCGUCGAAGAGUUUGACUAUCUGAACCAGGGAGGGACACCCGUAAUCGACGGUGUGGACGAUAAGGCCGAAUUGGAGGCUACGAGGAAAUCUCUCACCACAAUCGGUUUGGAUGAUGAAAUACAGGCUUCUAUUUUUAAGAUCCUGGCUGCCUUACUUCACCUCGGUAACGUCAAGAUCGUCGCUACCAGGAAUGACUCUUCCCUCGAGCCAACUGAGCCAUCUCUUGUCCGAACUUGUGAAAUGCUGGGUAUUGAUGCAACUGAGUUUGCUAAAUGGACCGUCAAGAAACAGCUGGUUACCCGAGGAGAGAAAAUUAUCUCUAACCUCAAUCAGGCGCAGGCUCUUGUUGUCAGGGAUUCAGUCGCCAAAUUCAUCUACUCCAGUCUCUUUGACUGGUUGGUUGAGACCAUCAACCGCAGUUUGGCAACCGAAGAAGUUCUCAGCCGAGCUACUUCGUUCAUUGGUGUCCUUGAUAUCUAUGGAUUCGAGCAUUUCGCAAAGAAUUCCUUUGAACAGUUCUGUAUCAAUUACGCAAACGAGAAGUUGCAGCAGGAAUUCAACCAACAUGUUUUCAAGCUCGAGCAGGAAGAAUACGUUCGGGAACAGAUCGACUGGACCUUUAUCAAUUUCUCUGACAAUCAGCCAUGUAUCGACCUUAUCGAAGGCAAACUUGGUAUUCUAGCUUUGCUUGAUGAGGAGUCCAGACUGCCAAUGGGUGCCGAUGAGCAGUUUGUCAACAAGCUACACCACAACUUUGCAGCUGAUAAGCAAAAGUUCUACAAAAAACCCCGGUUUGGCAAGUCCUCCUUCACCGUCUGCCAUUAUGCUAUUGAUGUUACCUAUGAGUCGGACGGCUUCAUUGAGAAGAACAGAGACACUGUCCCCGAUGAACACAUGGAAGUUCUUCGUAACUCUUCCAACACCUUUAUCAGGGAUGUCCUCCAAGCCGCAUCAGCCAUACGAGAGAAGGAUUCUGCCUCAAUGUCCUCGAGGCCAGUUGCGGCUCCUGGAAGGAAAAUUGGUGUUGCUGUCAACCGCAAGCCUACACUCGGAGGUAUCUUCAAAUCUUCCCUCAUCGAGCUUAUGAACACGAUAAACUCCACUGAUGUCCAUUACAUCCGAUGUAUCAAACCAAACGAAGCAAAGGAAGCCUGGAAGUUUGAAGGCCCUAUGGUUCUCAGCCAACUGCGAGCUUGCGGUGUUCUCGAGACCGUGCGAAUAAGUUGUGCUGGUUAUCCAACCAGAUGGACUUAUGAAGAGUUUGCGCUCAGAUACUACAUGCUCUGCCAUUCCUCGCAAUGGACGUCCGAAAUCCGAGCCAUGUGCCAUGCUAUUCUUUCAAAGGCCUUGGGCGACAUUACGCAGCAACAGCAGGACAAGUACCAGCUUGGUUUGACUAAGAUCUUCUUCCGAGCUGGUAUGCUUGCGUUCCUGGAGAACCUUCGUACCUCACGAUUGAACGAAUGCGCAAUCAUGAUCCAGAAAAAUCUCAAAUGCAAAUACUACCGACGAAAGUACCUUGCUAUGCGUGACUCUAUCCUUGCCUUCCAAGGCCUUAUCCGAGGGUUCUUGGCGAGACAGCACGCUGAAGGCGCUCGCCAGGUCAAAGCCGCAACCACUAUCCAGCGAGUUUGGAGAGGCCAGAAGGACCGGAAAUACUACCACAGGAUCAGAAACAAUGUCAUACUUGUCGAGUCGUUGGCCAGGGGUUACCUCUGCCGCAGAAACAUCAUGGACAGUAUCCUUGGAAACGCUGCAAAGGUUAUUCAACGGUCGUUCAGAACAUGGCGACAGCUUCGCAAGUGGAGAGAUUAUCGCCGCAAGGUUGUCAUUGUACAGAACUUGUGGCGUGGUAAGAAAGCUCGUCGGCAGUAUAAGACUCUCCGCGAAGAAGCUCGUGAUCUCAAGCAGAUAUCAUACAAAUUGGAAAAUAAGGUCGUGGAGUUGACUCAGUCUCUCGGCUCCCUUAAACAGCAGAACAAGUCAUUGACCUCCCAGCUUGAGAACUACGAUGGACAAAUUAAAUCCUGGAGAAGUCGGCAUAACGCUCUUGAAGCUCGAUCCCGUGAGCUGCAAGCCGAGGCUAACCAGGCUGGUAUCACUGCUGCCCGUCUGACAGCUAUGGAAGAAGAAAUGUCGAAACUUCAGCUCAAUCAUAAUGAGUCGCUCGCAACAGUCAAGAAGCUACAAGAGGAAGAGAGGUCGACCCGAGAAACCCUUCGUCUUACCAGCCUGGAGCUUGAUAAUGCCAAAAAUGCCAUUGCUGUGCACGAACAGGAGAAGACCUAUCUCCGCCAGCAGGUUGUUGAACUACAAGAUGAGCUUGAAUUUGCCAAGAGGUCGGCUCCUCUCAACGGCCUUAAUGGAGACUUGAAUGGAGGCCCUACUCAGCCUAGUCUGUCAGGCUUGAUCAACUUGGUUGCCUCGAAGAAACCUAAACCAAAGAGACGCAGUGCAGGGCUCGAAAAGGUUGAAAUCGAUCGUUUCAGCGGGGCUUAUAACCCAAGACCUGUCUCUAUGGCCAUACCCACCGGCGGAGUCGGUCGUAAUGAUUUUCGAACUUCAGCAUUCGCCCCUGGAAUUGACUCUGUUGAGAUCGAGCUUGAGAAUCUUCUUUCCGAGGAAGAUGAGCUUAACGACGAAGUCACUAUGGGGCUCAUCAAGAAUCUUAAGAUCCCUCUUCCUAGCUCUGAUCCACCACCAACUGAGAAAGAGGUCUUGUUCCCCUCCUAUCUCAUCAACCUGGUCACAUCUGAGAUGUGGAAUAAUGGUUUCGUGAAGGAGUCUGAACGCUUCCUUGCCAAUGUCAUGCAGGCCAUUCAGCAGGAGGUUAUGCAGCACGAUAGCGAAGAUACAAUCAGCGCUGGCGCAUUCUGGCUUUCGAACGUCCACGAAAUGCUGUCCUUCGUCUUCCUUGCGGAAGACUGGUACGAAGCCCAAAAGACGGACAAUUACGAAUAUGACCGCCUCUUGGAGAUCGUCAAGCACGAUUUAGAAUCCUUAGAGUUUAACAUCUAUCACACCUGGAUGAAGGGAUUAAAGAAGAAGCUCUUCAAGAUGAUUGUCCCUGCUAUCAUCGAGUCUCAGUCCCUUCCUGGAUUUGUCACGAGCGAGACGAACAGAUUCCUUGGAAAACUCCUCCCUUCAAACAACAACCCUGCAUACAGCAUGGACAACCUUCUCAGUUUGUUGAACAACGUAUUCAAGGCUAUGAAAGCAUACUACCUUGAAGAUUCUAUUGUGACUCAGGCUGUCACAGAGCUUCUCCGACUAGUUGGUGUCACUGCCUUUAACGACUUGCUUAUGCGACGCAAUUUCCUCUCAUGGAAGCGAGGAUUACAAAUUAAUUACAACAUUACCCGUAUCGAGGAAUGGUGCAAGAGUCACGAUAUGCCAGAGGGUACACUGCAGUUGGAGCACUUGAUGCAAGCAACCAAGCUACUUCAGCUGAAGAAGGCCACUCUGAACGACAUAGAGAUAAUCCAGGAUAUCUGCUGGAUGCUUUCCCCGAACCAAAUCCAGAAACUACUCAACCAAUACCUUGUUGCUGAUUACGAGCAGCCGAUCAACGGUGAAAUCAUGAAAGCCGUUGCAUCGCGAGUCACCGAGAAGAGUGAUGUCUUGCUUCUAACUGCGGUGGACAUGGAGGACAGUGGUCCUUACGAGAUCGCUGAACCCAGAGCCAUUACUGCACUUGAGACAUACACACCAUCAUGGCUACAAACUCCCCGACUCAAGCGCCUCGCAGAAAUUGUUUCUCUUCAGGCAAUGGCCCAGCAGGACCGCCUUGACAGCCUAGAAAUGGGAGAACCACCAGAGGAUUGAAUUCCCUCUGCCUUUUUUCAUUUCCCAUCGUAAUGAGCAACAAUCCUCCUUUGGCCUUUCCCAUAUCCACCCUACUACCCUUGACUCUAUAAACCAUUGGUUUCCAAUUCCUCGUUUUCAAAGAAAAAGACCAUUUGAAAAGGUGUCCAAUGGAUAUGCAUUGUUACCCCCGUUAAGGGCAUUAAUUAUUUUGUUGAUUUUUCUUUUGUUUUUUCAUAUGCUUGAGCCAUGGUAAUGUCUAACUGUCGUGACUGUGUGAUUCCUGUUAAGACCAUAUUAUGUUUAACCAUCUAUUCCGUUUUCCGAGAUCUUUUGGUUCCAGGGGGUUUUACUUUGUUCUUUGGUCUCAUUUCUAACGGUUUUAUGCUCGUCUCUACU